UUUGCAUGCAGCCCAGGACUCCAAAGUCACCCUCCAAUGCAGCACUGUAUGCAAAGUAUCUUCUAUAUGGUCUUGUACAAGGCUGUCAUAUUUCACUCUGACACGGUGUUAUCUUUUUGAGUGGGAAAUAUAAAUACAUGAGGCCAAGCAUGGGUGUGGGCUGUUUUACAAUGCUUCAGCAAGAAACCAUCAGUAAAAUACACAGUAAAAUAUAUGGCAUCUGAGUUAUGCAUCAGUGUCACCAAGUACUUCCUGUUUAUCUUCAACCUAAUCUUUUUUUUGUUGGGGAUGGUCGUAUUGGGGUUGGGAGUCUGGAUAAUAUGUUCAAAGGAAACUUUUCAAUUACAGUUAUUUUCUGCCCAUCCCUACCUAUCCCUGUCUCUCUUCCCCUAUCUGCUGGUCAUCAGUGGCUCUGUCACCUUGUUAUUGGGCUUCUUUGGGAGCCUCGGUGCUCUGAAGGAGGUCAAAUGCAUGCUGGCAACUUAUUUCAUCCUGCUCACCGUGCUUCUUGCAGCUCAGAUAAUUGGUACAGUUGUGAUCUUCACGCAGAAAAAAGCAUUUGAGAUUUCUCUGGAAAAAUAUGUUAAAGACAUGAUUGCAUCAUUUGAGAUGAACAAUUCUACAACUCAAGAUUUAAAAAAAGAUCUAGAUGUCCUUCAAAGUCAGGCCCAGUGCUGUGGCUGGACAGGACAAGAAGACUUUCGUGAGGUCCCAUGCUCCUGUUACAAAACAAAUGCUACAGAUAAUCCCACUAAUCAAGGCUCAGGCGUCUGCUGUAAAUCCAUCUCAAAUUACACAUGUGUGGUGUAUGAAAAGAACUGCAGAGACACUAUUACAGGUUGGCUUCAUAUGCAUCUUAUGAGCAUUCUUGGAGUGGUGCUUGCUGUAGCUGUUGUAGAGUGUCUCCAGUGGGUGUGUCUUGUCACAUUCUGUUGUCUUAAUUGCACCUGUCAUUGUUGCCGACCAAGAAACACAUAUGGCAGCCAUGGUCAACUUUCCAGGUCUCAGCGUGGAUGUAAUAUUGUCAAGUGGAGCUUAUUCAAAUUAAUGCAGUAAUAUCACAGUGGAUGAUGCUUCAUUGAAGCAUGACAGAAUAUCAUAACAGAAUAUUAGGGCAACUGUAAAUUUUGUAAACAAUAUAGUUUCUCCUCUAUGAACAGUGUACGGUAAUUAAUAUAUUCACCAAUCUCUUUAUAGCAACUACCAUUGUAUGGUGGUAAAUAUCAUGUCAAUAGAGACAUUAUAGCAAUCAAUAACAAGUCACUGUGAUACUACAAUUUGAGGAAGGUAUUUUAAUUGGGAAGGGCAUAAAUUAAAUAAUUAUAUUUAGCAUUAUAUUAUUAAGAUAUAUUUAUAUAUAACUUAUGCUAUAAGUUAUACUGAAGAAAUAUUAUUAACAUUACUGCAUUUCCCAAAUCCUAACAGUGAGUUCAAUGUGGAGUAUUGGCAAGGUACACUGCAUAUGUUUUGCUGUGUAGUGCAUUGUGCAAUAUUUAGUUGAUUUUCUUUUCUUCUUUUUUUUUUUCUUUUUUUGUUGUCUUUUGUUUUUUUUUUGCAUGUGGUUUUAAUUGGGAAUUGUUGAUAGUACUGCCCUCUAUAUUUUUUUGUCAUUUUAUUUAAAUCUAAAAGAAUUCAUAUCACCUAUUCACCCUCUGUCUCAACAGAUAUGUGGUACCAUCCUUUCGAUGUGUCUGUAUAACCAGGCUACCUUGGAUUACUCCAUGCCUAUGUACUUUUAAACCAGAGUGGAGCGCAGGAAGAACAUCAGCAUAUAUGCAUACUGACAGUUAAUUUCUUAACACAUCAGUACUGAUUUCUGUACAUGGCAGCAGUACUUUAUCUUCUAACCCAAAAUCAUUAUUGGUUCCUGUACAUUAUUUUUUUUGUCAGUCUCAUAUCACUUUUGAUGUUAAUAAACAAUCAAUUCAAAUAA